AGGAAGGAGAGUUGGAAGAGGAAGUGGAAGGGGUGCAAGAAGAGGUGCAAGAGGAAGUAGAAGAGGAGUUAGAGGAUGUUACUGACUAUAAUAACCCUGAUGAUCCAGAUCUCAGUGUCGUGGAUGACGAGCUGUAUGUUCACGAAGAAGGUUUCACAGAAGAGAAUAAGGUGAUAUUUAGUGGAGAGGAGAGUUCCCCCAGUAAAAGGACCGUCCACAUAGAGAGUGGCUUACGUGUUGUGCAGCUACUUGACUUAGGAUCUUUUGAGACAGCCACUGAGAGGGAGAGAGACAACGAAGAGUCUUCAAUCCUCAAUGCUAACGAGUCUGCAGCACAUGCUGGCAAUAGUUUACCAUCGCACAAAACAGCACAAGAAACUGUGCCUAAAGGGGAGAGUGAAUACGAAGAUGUCAGUGAUAUAUCUGAUGAAGGAACUCCUGAAAGGGACCUUCCUGAGUAUGGAUCUGUUGAUAUUGAAUUAGAACAGCGAUGGUCAUCGAAGGCAACUCGCAGCACUGACAUUCAAGCAUCAACUAGUGUACCUCCCCAAACACCUGAAGAACUGAUGAAACCUAAACUAGAUGUGGUACGAAAUGAAGCAGAUAGUUCCAGCGCCAACACUGAACGACCCAAAACGCUGAAAAGGUACGUGACGGUUCCAGCACAAAAAAGAAAGCGAUGGAAAAGUUCAAGCGAAGAUUAUGACUCAACUGAGGUAUUCACUCUGACAAAGAGAGGCAAGAAGAGCGCUGGACAUGAUAGGAAAAGCCGUAGGGCAUCCCCUGGCUCCCACAGGAAUGGUUCUCACAGAGAUAGGCAGUUGAUCGACGAGCCAUACAGGCUAUCAAAGGAGCGCGUAUCUAGAGUGUCGAGACCUGAACUGCCUCCACGAAUUGUGAGCGAUUUCAAGGAUGGAUUGAAGAUCACCAUUUUACAAGAUCCCUCAAAGAUGGAAAAAGAAGAGGAGGAAGUAGAUCUGCAUGAAACAGAAGAAGCUGAGAAAAAACGACCACUAACUGACAUGGAGUACAGUGACCUUGAAGACAUAAGUCCAGGUGGGCUCAGCUCUGAUAUUGACAGCUGCCCAACUACUCCAGACACACCUGAAACCGCAACUCCAGCCAUGGACUUCACUCACCCAAGUCUAGGAUUCUGGGCUGCACCACUGAAAUCAAAUGACGCUUCCAAACCAGCUGGAACGGUUGUUAGCGAUGAACACCCCGUGUCUGACUUAGAAAUAUUGUCCCCAACUUUACCUCCAUCGUCAUACCUUGAAGAGCACCCUCUUGUAGAGGUGGAACAAAGCCAAGUGCCAUAUGCUUUUGGAGAGGAAAAGAUUCAGGAUGGUGUUGUUCAAGAACCGUGCAUAUCACGAUCAUCUUGGUCAGUUAAGGGUUUCUUCUGCCAAACGACGACUUCCGAGGAGCGUGACCUGGGACUGGGAGGACUGGAUCCCACAGAGCUUGUGGUGCCAAGAGUUCACAAAGAAUCUUUCUCGUUAGAUGACAGCACAGGUCAUUAUAUCUCACAAUCUGCCCACGAAAGUGACGAGGACGUUGCUAGGUAUGGUCAAGAGUUGCCUCAGUCUGAAGUGUUUGAAUAUGACCAUGGCCUCUCAGAUCACCAUCACCAUCAACAUUACAAGUCACACAGGGGCAGCGCCCAAAAACCUCUCAGAGGAACACAGAAGGAAGGAAAGUAUCGUACAACAAUUCGUGAGAAAAGAUAUCCGUGGAAGAGUCGCGAAGAGGUUAAACACAGCCAGGGAACGUCACACAGCCAAGGAACGUCAGCCGGUGGAGAAGGUUCCAAGUCAGUAAGUCAAAGCGCUACUGGAAGAAAUUCUGGCUGUGAGGAAGACAGCCUUAAACAUUGUACAAAGAGACCUAAGGUGGUUCAAGAUGCAGAAACUAUUAAUCAUGGUGAAUGUGGCGGGACUGGAAAGCCAGGAAAUUGGGAUAUAUAUGUUUUUGCAUGGAUGAAUAAAGUGCAACUUGAAAACUGGGUUCGAAGGCAGAACCACGGCGCUAAAUUGGCCAGCAUUGGAACGGAUCAAACUUGCACUGUCGAGUUUACCCCGGAAUCUAUACGAAGGUCAUCAGAACGUCUUUAUCGUCGAGCCAAGAAGCGAUUGAGGCGAUUAUGUCAAAGCUCAAGGUCGUUUACAGAGGACACAGAUGCCUUAGAGUUUGAUUUUGAUGACAUGAACGCGGAGACGAAGUGUAGAAAUGUUAAAGAAGCAAUUUCUGUUUCGAAGGAAGAUGGGAAUGUUGAGAGAUGCACUGUACAAAGCACGCAUAUUAAGCACUCGGCAUCACCUUGCACCACGGCUGAGAAAUUUGCACAAAGGCAUGUUUAUGUUCAUGUCGAUGUUGAAUGUGAUGAUUCUGUUCAUCCUAAGACGGAUGAUCUGUUGUGUGAUAAAGAAGUUUCAAUUAUUUUCGAAAGAGGUUUGGUUACGAAGGUGGAAGAAGCUACCAGAAACGAUGGUGAUCCAAAUAAUCCAAAGACCAACUGUUCACCUGAUUUAAAAAGAAAAGACUUGUCUAUAGAAGUGGAAGAACACGGCGAUGUGUUGUUAGGGGAUCAGUGGAACGGAUGUGGGAAAGAUGGCUUAACAAGAAGCUCAGUAGCUGACGCAAAAAGUGGAAGCAUCCAUAAAGAGGAUGUAGUGAUGGAGAGUUUUUCAACAAAAGAGUUCGAUUCUAGUGAGGAUAAAGAGCAUGAACUGCUAGACAUUGAUAAGCACUAUAUUGCAGAUGAUGUAGUGUUACACCGUGCUGCGUCUGAAGGGAAUUGGGAAGCACAGGACGGACAGGCAAACCUUUGUAACUUUGUAACUUCUGAUACCAAGAAUGUGAACGACGUAAAGUCGAUCGAAGAUGUUUGUAUGAAUUUGAAUUCACAACAUAACACAAGUACAAGCAAUACGCCGCAGAACGUCUUCGAAGACCAAAAAUCAAGUGUAGCAGGACAGAGUACUCCAGGUGUAGAAAAUGUUCCUUGUGAGGAAGGUAGUCUUCGCCAUAAAACUCCAAAGUUUUCUGAUGGAGACGAAACGAAAGAAGAAAGGAUGCUCCCACAACCUGAAUUAGCUACUGAUGUACGAAGAAGAAGAAGAGAAGGAGAAGGAGAAGGAGACAAACGUGCCAGUAUUGACAGUUCCGAUUCUAAAAGCAGUAAAGGGAGCCACACGAAUGAAAUUCCUGUUCAACCCCUUUCAGAAGAAGAGAAGGCAGGUGGGUUAGCUUCCGAAAAGACAGCUUCUACUGCUGAGGCCUCUUUCGGUAUGAGUUCAGAUCGGCUAAACGAAGCUGACAACGCCCCUUCAACGGCUGUAACGACUGCUGCUGCUGCUGUCUCGACGUUUAGUGAUCCUGCUGUGCAUGGUUGUGACAUCACUUGGGUAACCCACACAUCACGAGUGCCACUUCAGGCAGUAUACACACCGCCUCGUGUAGCUUCCGAUGAUCUUCGCCCUCCUGGGACUGACAUUUUCUCUUCGGAUAUUCGACCUCCUAACAAAGAUGAAGAGGGUAAGCAACCACCCGAGAGUAUAAUGGAUCCUUUGGUAAAUUCUGUGUUGAAGCAGUUCUACACCGAAAGCGAUAAUUUUGGUGGCAGCAGGAACACUGAUUUUAGAGAGAAGGGAGGUAAUGCUAAAACAAACUCUGGUGUCUGCAUUUCGACGCCUACGAAAUCGGCGCAAAAGAGCAGCAGAAAACAUGAAGAGCCACUUGACACGGAAAUAGGAUCUGACCACGAACGAAGUACCACGACGCCUAUGAAAUCAGCGCAAAAGAGCAGCAGAAAACAUGAAGAGCCAGUUGACACGGAAAUAGGAUCUGACCACGAACGUAGUACCACGACGCCUAUGAAAUCAGCGCAAAAGAGCAGCAGAAAACAUGAAGAGCCAAUUGACACGGAAAUAGGAUCUGACCACGAAGGAAGUGCUACGACGCCUAUGGAAUCAGCGCAAAAGAGCAGCAGAAAACAUAAAGAGACAAUUGACAUGGAAAUAGGAUCUGACCACGAAGGAAGUGUUACGACGCCAAUGGAAUCAGCGCAAAAGAGCAGCAGAAAACAUAAAGAGACAAUUGACAUGGAAAUAGGAUCAGACCACGAAGGAAGUGCCACCAUUAUGGUUUUUGAGAGGUCAGAAAGCUCUGAUAAAUAUCCAAUUCAAGACAAGCCGGUAAAGGUGGAAUCUGCCAAAACUGUAAACCAACAAAGCUUAACAGAAGAUGUCCAAUUACAUGCCAACGACGGCAUACCACUGGUGGGGAAAUCUUUGGAUGCAUCAGCAGCUAGAAAUCCUUAUGUUGAUACAAACCUACUCAAAUCUCAAGAACUGUUGAACAACGACACACCCAAGGAAAUUCUACUUAUUUCUGAUGAUGAACGACAAGAAACCAUUUCAUGGAACACAAGAGAUGAACCAGGGGCAGGAAAAACUGAUAUUGAUGUGGAUGAAUCAUUGCCGAAGAAUUCAUCAGUCACUUCUAACAAAUUGAGAGGAGAUAGUCCUAAUCUCAACCCUGUUAACACCAUGGUGGUGGAAGAUAAAUCGGUGAAAAGUCCUAAAGGAAAUGCUGCUGGUAGAACGCAGGAAGAAAAGCUUGAUUUUGCGAAGGAUGAAGUGCAGGUACAGGAAGGCAGUACUAGUGCCGAAGGAACAGCGAGGAAGAAAGUUACGGACAAAAAGUAUCAGGAAAAUCUCUUUGCCUAUGUUGAUAAAACACGAGCAGAAAAACCUGUAAACCUGGAGGAAGACUUAUCGGAAGAGCAACCAUCGAGCCCUAUUGACCCGCUCCUCAUGGCAAGUGCUGAGCAGACCAUUUUUAGCUCAAUAGGUGGCUUAACAAACCUGUUAGGACAAUCGACAACGUUUGAUCGCAUCGCAGAAGAGACCAUUGCCUCCACAGUGUCUUCGUUGGAGGACAUUCUUCGUCAAGCACAUAGCAGCCACUUAGAGUUGAGCAGCUGCCCCUCUGACAGCGGUGUGUCUGUGGGAGAGGAAGCUUCGGCUCCGUCCAGAGUAAUCAACUUCAACAAUAUUACUCAGUUAUCGAGCCCACCACAAGAGGAGGAUCGCACGUCGGGGUCGUUGGACGGGCAGUCUCUGAGUGGAUUGGCACAGUCAGAGUGGCUUUCUACAACUGAGAAGAGUGAUGCAGGUUGUUACAUAGGUAGAGUAUCAGCGAGGCCCUCUGCUCAGAAGAGAAGUCAGAGGCCAGGUGGCAACAGGAAGUUCCAGUUCUUUGUGUAUUCACCAGACGGUGACAGGGAGUGCGAAGCGUUGAAGAACUAUAUGCUGAAAGCAGGUGGAACACUAGUAGAUGUCAGGAACUCCAGUUAUUUGAAGGAAAAUACACGAGAGCUGAAAGUGUUCAUCAGAAGAAAGCACUUGACAUCUGUACACCGGUUGGCCAACUUGUAUCAGCUAAAGAUGUCACCAUUUGUCAAGUUUUCUCUGUUUAACACUUUAACAGACGUGACUGAGGGAAGCCGUUUUUUCGAGAACAUCUUUGUGUCAGGUGGUGCCUUGCUAGCCGAUGACAACUUUCUGAAGACAAUUGAACUUGAUCACCUUAAUGCUCUGUUACGCUACCUUAAAGAACAAAGCCUGGUUCAUCAGAAGUUCGUUUGGGUCCUGAACAUCAGCCGAAAUGGCUACAAGAAACUUUCGUUGAACAGACCACUGACAAGAAGAGACUGGGAGGUUUUGAAUCUUCUACGCGAUUACAAGAAAGAAGGUUUUGUAACAGUUCUUCAAAAGGGUUAUGUCACCGAAGGCAUUCCGUCUUCUCAGCGGUAUCUACAGACCUCGCUCAAGCUACAGAUUGAACUUGUGUCUGUCUACAGACACGUUAUUCUAUUGUCAGAUAUGGACAAGAACAGAAUAGAAGUACCGUGGUUUUAUGAGCGAGGGAUUGGGGUUAUGAAUGUUAAAGAGUUCUUGACAUCAUUUGCGGGGGAAAGGCAGACUACGAACGUGAUCUCAAAGCAGCCGAAUCCUGAAAGUAUUUGCAAGGAAAAUAUGGCAGUUGUUUAUUGUUCUACUCCCGAAGAUGAAACAUCUCUCCAAACACCGCUGGGAACUCCGAUGUCAGACUGCUCAGUUGAAAUCCCAUAUAUGGAGAUACAGGCUCGUGAACCACCGCACUCAACUGGCACCCCUCGAAAGCGAGCCGGACGCUCGCAGAGCUGGGAUGCGGGUUCCAUGACCCACACUCGGCUCCAGAUCCUCUCGUGCGUACGAACUGUGCGCGACAGUAUUCGUAGUCAGAUUAGCAGUAGUACUCCUUCAAGUCCCGUAGGCCGGUCCAUGUGACUAGACGUGUAGACCUUGUUUAAGAGGUGGGAGGGGAGGAUGCAUUCCGAUUUACCUCUCUGUUGUCCUUCUCUUCGGAAGUUGUCCUUUUCGUUUUUCGUUCUAAAUUUCGUUUAGAUUUUUGCGUUCUACAGCGUUAUUCAAGCACUAUAUUAGAUGUAGAAAUGAAUGUGUUACCAUUUGUCGUUUUGGAGUUUCUAAACCUUGGUUCCGCAGUGAACCCUUUGACUCCCAUGAGUGACGAAGACAGAAUUUCUCCUUACAAUAUCAAUACAAUAUCAAGCAGACGAGUGAUGAGAAUAAAGAAAAUCAUCAAUUAGGGAAGUUUUAGUUGUUCCAGGACCAAAUUCUCCAAACCCACAUUGUAAAAUUCUAUGUUGAACAGUAAUGAGAAUUUCUAUUCAGAUCUUGGGAGUGGAAGGGUUAAUGCGAGAACUGUGAUGCCCUCACUUUAAAAAUCAAUCUUGAUAAGGCAUUCAUGUGGCCCUUUUUUUUCUAAAGGGGUGGGCCUUUUUUUAAAGGGGGAGUUUGAAAGACGUUUUGUUAUUUCUCUAAACACUUCUUUGUACAGAUUUUUCUACUUUGUUUUUCAAUGAAAUCUGGAAAUGUUUGUUAACCGGGUGAUGUACGGUUAACUAUGGUGAUGUACGGAUUUUCGGGUCGUUAACCCCAAAUUGAUUUGGACACGGGUGAAACAAAAUUGAAAGUCCCAUUCACAACCAUUUUAACUUGAUUACUUUGCCGUGAGAUCUUCAUUUUAAGCUAACUUUCGCUUGUUUCAAAGUGCUUAUAAAAAAUUUUUAGGGAAUUUUACAUCUUUGCUUUCUUGGCCGAAGUUAGGUUGGGUUGGAAUAGUUCACACUCGUCAGCUUGAAUUGAAAUUUGUAAAUAGAAUUACCCAUUGUAGGAAUGAUUUUUUUUCAUAUGAAUCAGAGAUUUAUUUAAGUUUAAUUUUCAGAGAUCGAGUCAUAAGUGCGAAUCUAAGCUGUUUACUCAAGUGGUUCGCAGGUCACGCAAGUGUAGUAACAGUCGCGCCACACUUCAAGUUUGACAGAAUGACCUGAGAAUGAUUUGAAGAGAGGGCCCAGACUCGGGCCAUGUAAAAUUUAUUUGAAAUAAAGAGGCGUUUAACACA